UUGUUGCUGACGCUCUGGAUCGAAACUUACCUCGGUCGUCUUUUUGAUCGAAUCUAAAUUAGUAUUAUUACUAUUUAAUUAGCGAAAAUUAUAAAAGAACAGAUUUAAUUUGGGAUCAUGUCUCUUCCGUGUCUACCUGGAAACAAUUUUAAUCUCAGGCUUGGGAAAGAGAGAUUUCACAAAUCACAUCAUUUCGAUUAUAACAAUGAAGUAGCAAUGUUGACUGGAGAAGAGAAACCAGGGAUCGGUGGAGAACCGUUACUUGGUCAGAAGAAAAAACCUAAGAACAGUGUUUUUCCAAGAGGAGAGGGAAGCAAUGCACCAACAUGGGUGGCAUUCGAUAGGCAGGUCUUAUGCUUUCAAGCCUAUUUCCAAGAGGCUGUGCAUGAAAAACGGGAAGAACAGUUUCGUAUUCGAAAUUGUAAAAUCUAUUUUUACUUGGAGGAUGAUUCUAUACAAGUGAUCGAACCAACGGUUAAAAAUUCUGGAAUUCCUCAAGGAACUUUAAUCAGACGCCACAGAAUUCCCUUACCAGCUCCAAAUGAUGAUCAGUUUUAUACCGUUGAACAUUUCAAUGUGGGAAAUGAGAUUGUUCUUUAUGGAAGAAAAUUCAAGUUGAUGGAUUGUGAUGAAUUCACCCGUAAUUUCUUGCGUAAACUCGGGGUACGAGUGUCCAACUCGGAAAGAACUCCAGAUGAUCCAUAUACAUCAUUGAGACAGGACAUGGAGGAAAGCAUGCAACCUCUUCGACCAUAUGAACGCACUGAUACAUUGAAACAAUUCUUGAGCCAUGAUAGACAUGUUCUGAGAUUUUGGUGUUUUUGGGAUGACGGUGAUUGUAUGUUCGGAGAUACAAGGGAAAUGGUUCUCCAUUAUUUUCUUGCUGAUGACACGGUUGAAAUUCGCGAAGUCAUUCAACCCAACUCAGGACGGGAUGCAGUACCUGUAUUUGUUAAACGAGCUAGAUUACCCAAGAAUGCUCCUCUUCCACUGAGACAACCAGGAGAAAAAACUGAUCGAACUGUGCUGAAUGUUUUUGGACCCAUGGGACAUGGAGGAAGAUAUAUCCUGGACAGUUUGAAGACUGGUGCAGUCUAUGAAGAUUACUACACUGAUGCUGAUUUGGUGAUCGGAGCUGUUCUCAAUGUUUGGGGAAGAAAACUAGUGCUAUGUGACAGUGAUAAUUUCACCAAAGAAUUUUACAAAUCAAAAUAUGGAAUUGAUGAUUUCACUCCCAUCAAAUACAAGGCUGACAGUAAACCGCAAGUACCAAGACCAGUUCCUCCAUAUAAUGGAUUUGGAUCAGAAGAAGACUCAUUGUGCUCAUGCAUGGGCCUCAUACCUAAACCUCCUCAGCUUGACUUUAUUAAGUUUAUGGAGAGAGACAGGCAUGGAUUGGAAAGCAAUGUUCUUCGAUUUGUCGCUUACAUGUCAACAGAUAGUCCAAUUGAUAAAGAUCGCAAAUUCAUUAUUUCUUACUUUUUAUCUGAUGAUACUGUUUCUGUGUUUGAACCUCCACAACGAAAUUCAGGUAUCAUUGGUGGCAAAUUUCUCGAGAGAGGAAGAAUUAAGAAACCGAGUCAAGAGAUAUUUAAGAGUGAAAUGUCAGAAUUCACUGCUCAAGAUUUCUUUGUUGGAGCAAAUGUUACCAUCAAUGAUUUCAACUUCACAAUUGUUGAUGCUGAUGAAUAUGCAUUCAGAUAUAUGGAAAAACACGAGGAUGAGGAUUUUGCUAGAUUGCAAGAAAGUCUUACGUAUGAAGACAUUGAACGCAAGGAACACUUCAAUCCAUCAACGCUCCGUGUCGUAUGUCGAGCAUUUAAACUUCCUCUGCCUGAAGAUGUAUUGCAAGUUCUCAUGAAGAAACUUUCAAGAAAUGGAGAAAUCGACUAUUCUGAAUUUGUGACAAAGAUUAACUGGAGAGAAAAUCCUGUUGCAUCAAUUUCAGUAUCAGCAAGUACCAGUCAGGUAUGA